AUGCAAGAAGGAACACUCUUCUUCAUGGGUUGUGUUCCGGCAUGCAUUUCCUUGGAUAAUCAUAAUUCAAUUAAGCAUAAAUUGGAGCUUGUUGAUAAAAUUUCAUUGGUGUCUUGUCUUCACAUUCUUUUGGUGGUGAGAGAGAAGGGAGAAAAACCAUUAUCAAAAAAGAGGAGAAAGGGCAAGAUGGUGUUGAGGAAAGUGGGGAAGUAUGAGAUUGGAAGGACCGUUGGAGAAGGAACCUUUGCCAAGGUAAAGUUCGCUCAGAACACGGAAACUGGCGAGAGUGUUGCCAUGAAGGUGCUCGACCGUAGCACCAUCAUCAAGCACAAAAUGGUCGACCAGAUGCUAGAGAUCAAGAGGGAAAUUUCUAUUAUGAAGCUAGUCAGGCAUCCAUAUGUUGUUCGUCUGUGUGGUGAAUUGUUUGAUAAAAUUGUAAGCCAUGGGCGUCUCAGCGAAGCUGAAUCUAGAAGAUAUUUCCAACAGCUUAUUGAUGGUGUAGAUUACUGCCACAGUAAGGGUGUUUAUCACAGAGAUUUAAAGCCUGAAAAUCUUUUACUUGAUUCACAAGGAAAUAUAAAGAUUUCAGAUUUUGGUUUGAGUGCAUUUCCAGAACAGGGGGUCAGUAUGCUUCGGACAACUUGUGGAACUCCGAAUUAUGUAGCUCCUGAGGUACUCAGUCACAAGGGUUACAAUGGUGCUCCGGCAGAUGUUUGGUCCUGUGGAGUUAUCCUCUAUGUUCUAUUGGCUGGAUAUCUUCCCUUUGACGAACUUGAUCUAACUACGUUGUACAGUAAGAUUGAGAAAGCACAGUUUUCAUGCCCUACUUGGUUUCCUGUGGGAGCAAAGUCUUUAAUACACAGAAUUUUGGACCCAAACCCUGAACAUCGUAUUACCAUUCAGCAGAUAAGGAAUGAUGAGUGGUUCCAGAAGGGAUAUGUUCCAGUCAGUCUCCUCGAGUACGAAGAUGUAAAUCUGGAUGAUGUAAAUGCUGCAUUUGACAAUGUUGAGGAUCAGAUCACUAAUAGGCAACGUGAAAAUGCCGACAUGGGUCCUCUCACUCUUAAUGCAUUCGACAUGAUAAUUUUAUCUCAAGGCUUAAACCUAGCAACCUUAUUUGAUCGUGGACAGGACACUCUGAAAUAUGAAAAACGCUUCAUCAGUCAAAAGCCACCGAAAGUGAUUUUAUCAAGUAUGGAAGUUGUGGCACAAUCGAUGGGAUUUAAGACGCAUAUUCGCAACUACAAGAUGAGAAUAGAGAGCAUUUCAGCAAACAAGGCUUCUUAUUUCUCAGUUAUAUUGGAAGUUUUUGAAAUUGUUCCUACUUUCUUCAUGGUGGACAUUCAGAAAGCAGCUGGAGAUGCUAGUGAAUAUCUCAAGUUUUACAAGAAUUUUUCUAGCAAUCUUGAGGACAUCAUGUGGAAACCACCCCAUGAAAAAAGCAAAUUAAGGAACUCCCGAGACUAA